AUGACGAAGCGGAACCAAACUUUGUUUUUGGUUUUCCUUUGUGCAGCUGACGUCGCUCUGAAGGGAGUGGACAUAAUUGCACCAAGUGUCAUAGUUCUUCAGAGAGGCGGACUGGAAAUAAUGUGCAGACCAUCUAAGGAUAAAGAUGAGAUAGAAAAAGUAACAAACAUCAUCCUCUUGAGUAACAAAGUAGCCCCAUUCACUAGCAGUGUAUCACAGAUUGCCCGAGCCGUUACCAAAAACAAAAACGAUACAAUGCUUAAUUUAUACUGGACCGAUAGGCGAUACCAAUUAACAGGUAAAACAGGGAAUCCCACCACGGCCUACUUACGACUGGCUGUUAGUAGAGCAGAUGUUUCCUGUGAGGAUUCAGCCAGGUAUAGAUGUCAAAUGGAGGCUAUGAUGGCGGACGGAAGUGUAAAAACUUACAUUAAAGAUACACAAAUAUCCAUAUCAGCUACCGAAACUUUAAUAUAUGACAGCAUGAAAGUAUAUCCCCGAAGCCAUAGCACGACUCCAUAUGGACAGUACCCGCUAAACACAGAACUUACCCUGUCUUGUGCAGCGUUAGUUGAAAGGGAAAGUAAAGAUUUGACUUGGUGCAUCUACAGGGGAUACUCAACAAAAGCACAAGAGUAUGACGCUGUAAAAAGGACUCGAGUGAAAAUGAACAAACCUUGUGCGUACCAUUUAUUAAGUGAGAUACAAUAUGUGCUGAAUCGGAGUAAUGUCUUCACGUGGAUUAUCUGCAAAUUUGGACCUUGCAACACCUUAACUGACAAAUCAAAUGUCUUUUCUGUAUUUACGUAUUCACAAGGAUAUCGAAAUAUUUCAGAUAGUGAUAUACUUCUUUCUACUGUUCUACCAUCUAAUAUAGAGUCAUCAUCCAACGCAGCUAAAGUGAUAUCUGUGAUUUCCAUUGUACUGGUCCUAUUAUUGAUAUUUCUUGUUAUGGCGGCUCUCUGGAUUUAUAAAUUCAGGAUUUCAAAGGGACAAAAGAUAACCCUUAAAAACUGGAGAACAUAUUUCCGAAGUAAAAGCAUAGAAUCAGUAAGUGAAAGCUGUCAAACGGAAGUUACUACAACAACAACGCCAGUAUAUGACAUUGGUCUGUAA